UUUGCGUUGUGCUUCUGCUAGUCAGGAAAUAGUCGCGACAUUUUGUGAGAAUGGAAGAUAUUAUGCUUCAAAUCGAGGCUGAAGCAGAGCCAGUGAGGAGUAAACUAAAACAAAUUCUUCUUGCCGAAGAAAUCGAUGAGCAUGAAAUUUUUAUGUCCCUUAAUGAGUCUGAUUUCAAACGCCUUGAAUUGAACACGAAAGCUAUCAAAAUAAUCCAGAAAAUUCAAAAAUCUGUUCUCUCUGAGCAAAUAAUAGAAGAGGAGUACCUUGAGAACGACGAUACUGAUGCUACUGCCGCUGAUGAACAUCCGACAGAGGUCAAUGCAAUGCAAUGCGACGAGCAACCAAAUACGGAAGAGCACCCAGAUCUGGAAAUAAACGACGACCCGAAUCCCUAUACCGGAAUCAGUUUGGAACGGGAAAUUGAUAUCAACAUAAUCUUUUCCAAGACUGAAGAAGGAAAUGAUUUAAUUGAAACUCUACGUGAAGCCAAGAAACCUAACGACAAAACCAUAAAGAGGAUUACACAUCUUCUAUGCAAUUUUCUUAAAUUGAACUAUGGAGUACGCACUUCUACCUACUACAAAAACAUGCUAGCGAAAUCUUUGGUCCGGUCCUAUCCCGUUUUGGCGUCAUCUGUCUCAGUUGUACCGCAUGCACUAUGGUUCUAUUUGAAUGGCAGAGGCGAUGGGAAGCAUGCCGGUAAGAUACAUUAUCAUAUGGAAUAUCUUGCUAAACGAGCAGAAGGGCGGGUGUUCAAAAGGAAUGCACAUAAAAUGGAAAAAGAGCAAUCCGUGAAACAUGAAGAUGCAUGUGUAUCUGAAACUGAUCUUUUUGCAAUGAUUGAGGAGCUCAAGUUUAUUGUUCCCGUACCGGAAAACAGAAAUCGCAUCAUUCAGUUAUGGGAAUCUACUUUUGCAAUUCGGUGUCAAUAUCGCUCUAAUAAUGAUUUCAUGUCCUUCUUAGAAGAAUUUCCUGUUUCAACUGCAUUUCAUGGAGAACUAAUUGAAUAUGAUUUCAAACGGAUGACUAGCCGAAAUGUCGUUUUCACUGAAGAAUGGGCAUGCUGGCAGCAUAAAGUGCUUCAUUCAUACAAAUACAUGUUCAAAGAAAUCUCUGAUGAUUUUUUGAGAGCGCUUGCAAUUAUUCGCAUAAAAAAUCCAACUCGAGGAUCGAAACGUUUGCGCAACGAAGAUGCAUCGAAGGAAAACCCUCUAAUCGGACUAUUUCAAUGGAUUAAGUUGGACGACCCGCUUCCGGAAAGUUUUAAAAAUCCUGUACUAGCCAUCAGGGGGACCAGUAUGACACCAGGUGAACAAUGUUUCAUUUCCUGGAACAACGUGAACAUUCCAGUGGGUAGUAACAUUGUUCAGGCAUUUGGCAUACUGUGUCAGUGCUUUAUUGUAUUUGGAACAACUUGUGCUCCGACUGACAAACAAUUUUUGCUUUUCUUCAAAGCUGUUGUUUUUUCCACUUCCUCAAUUUCCACUACAGGGGAAAAAUUUGUUAGAUCCCUUGAAGAUUGAUUUUAAAGAUUUUUAUAUUUUUAAGUAUAUACGUUUUGGUUUUACGAUGAUGUUUUAUGAG